AUGCUGGGCUCUCCUGCUGGACUUUCCCUACUCGCUGUGCUUCUCGCCGGCAACGUCGCUGCGGCCAACGACUGGGAUGUCGCGUGCAACGGUACCUGCACGUGCGACCUUCCCGACGGGGGUGCAAGCAUUUACCUGUCGGGGGCGAGCAACGCCGUAUCUGACCUGACCACCGCCGGUGGAUGGACGACCCUCAGCUGCAAGUCAACUACCAACACCCAAACCAUCCGCACCGUCUGCCAGUCUGAAGCCUGCGAGCACAUCUUUGAAGGUCAAGGCGCGGUCGAUACGGUUGUGCGGCUGCCUGAGACGUGUGGAACGGCGCCCUUCGCUCGCAUCGUCAAUGCGACUGUGGACCCGGACCAGAGCAUCCCUGCAGGCGCCAACGUUUCGUCGAGCCAGGCCGGAUCCACGAUCGGCACUGUCUAUUUGAUUGGCAUAGACGUCGAUUUCGCUGCCGUGAAUCCCCAGGUAACUGGACCCGUGUCUUUCCAAAUGUCGACCAACUCCUCCGACGGUCCGGUGACGAGAAGGGCUAUUACCCUCACCCCCGGUUCGACUGUCACUCUACCGGCCAUUAUCGUCGACGAGACAUUCCCGCUUUCUUCGGAGUCGAUUGCGUGCGAUGGAUUCAACGCCUCUGUGUCGACUCAGUUUGGCAUCCACGUGAACGCGUCGGUGACGUUGGGACUCAACAUCGGUGGGACAGUCAUCCCCUCCAACGUUAGCCAGUUCUCGGUCUCUGCGGGACUCGACGGCAGUAUCAUCGGCACGCUGGGUGUCCAAACUACGGCUUCGGGGACAUUUUCGACCGGAAAGAUCGCCCUCUUCACUGUUCCGAUCGCCGGAUACGACAUCCCGGGUAUCUUCUCUCUUGGCCCGUCUUUUACCAUCUACGGACAAGCGGACUUGCAGCUCGGUUCCGAGCUCGACGUUGAGCUCGACCUGGCGUACAACAUUAGCGGAGCACACACCUCCGUCCCCACCCAGAAAAUUGCCCCCGGUGUCACGCCGGCUAAUAGCAACUUCAAACUCUCGGUCGUGCCAGGCCUGGAGGCCAACGCGACCGUCACCGCUAGCCUGAUCCCAGAGCUGGAUAUUGGUUUUGAUGUCUUUUCUGGCCUUGCUUCAGCCGGGGUCUACCUCAAUCUCGAAGCCGAUGCCAUUAUUGGCCUGUCAAACUUCGAUGCCUCCUCGGGCUCUCAGGUGACGGGCAACAACACAUCUGGCCAGGUCAGCGGCUGCAUCGAUAUUGACUCGGGCUUCUCCGUCAAUGUCGGCGCCGACGGAUCUCUCUUCAACUUCAUUUCCGGAGGCGUCAACUACGCCCUCUACAACCAGACCUGGGACCUGUACGACCAGUGCUUCUCCAGCGCUGCCAGCUCAGUCCGUCGCCGGGAUGCGAUCAUCGAGGCCGCCCCGACAAAGAGCUUGGAGCGCCGUGACUCCUUGUUUUGUCCCGAAAACCUCCUCGCCCUGGAACGCAUCAUCAGCCAGGUGCUCAAAGCGGUCGGUGGUGGAAAGUCCGGCGAAACUACCUCGCAGCCGGAUAACAUCUCCGUUGAUGCUGGGUCGCUGAAGCGUUUGGUAGCCUCCGCUCGUGCGCAUGUAAGCGAGAGUUCCACUGUAUCAAGCUUCACUCCUUUGACAAGGACCCCCUCAGAACGUCUCUCCUCUCCUUGCUAUCGGUGGCUGGGCAUCCUCGCGCUACUUUUCCUCCGCCGUAUAGUCAACGCACAACCGCGCUGCAUUCGCAGACGCGAUCCUGGGCCUGGUCAAGACGCACGAUCUGGAUGGGAUCGAUUUCGAUCUGGCUCAGAAGGCAUCGGGAGCAACUUCGUGUCGCCGUCCGACUCCGACAGCUUUCUUCUCCUCCUGCAAGAGCUGCGUGCCAAGUCCGACAGCCUGCAGCUUACCGCCGCGGUUGGAAUGACGCCAUUCUCCGGGUCCGAUGGCGCGCCGAUGAGGGAUGUGUUAGAGUUCGCGAAGGUGCUAGAUCGAAUCGAACUGAUGGUGUACGAUGUGUGGGGAUCGACAACGCAUUAUGGUUCUGUCACAUCGGCUGUGCAGGAAUGGACUGGUGCGCAGUUCCCCGCCGACAAGAUAGUCCUCGGCCUCGCAGCUUACGGCCACAGCUUCAGAGUCACGCCGUCGAAUGCGCUCGUGCACAGCCAUCUCGACACCUCUGCCGCUGUCUCUGGAACCACGCCUCCGGGGCCCAACGACACAGACACGAACCCGACCGCUGUCAGUGGAACCUACACCUUUGCGGAGCUCGUCUAGACGGGGUUUCUUGACGAUGAGGGGCACGCGCUGGUGAACUAAGCGAUCGACGCGUGCAGUCGGACGCCGUUUGCGUAGACGAGAAGAAAAAGAUUAUGGUCUCCUACGAUGAUGCAAGCUCUUUCGCGGCUAAAGGACAGUACAUUCUCGAUUCCCAUAUUGCCGGAUUCUCGGUCUGGGAUGUCACAGGCGAUCAUCAGAAUAUCCUGAUUGAUUCUGUGCAUAGCGCAACGGGGUUGGGAGACUGGAAUUUGCUGUCGGUCAUAGAGAUCAACCGACUGCAAUAGAGCAUACACGCAAAACAGAUGUGGCGCUCAUCUGCCUCGCGCUCCACAGCUCGUUGUUGCCGGACGUACAGCAUUCAAUUAACCCGAAAACUAGCCCGUAAGCUUGUUCCGUUGAGAAGUUAGUGUGUAUUUGAGAUAAAUGGAUGGAUGCUCAUUCUUCGUGAGCACUGAAGCUUACCCCGGAAGUAGAUCAAAUUUAACCAUCAAACUUCCGUUUACCAUCGAGAUUGCCAAGAGGUCUUUUUAGCGUUGCGGAGGUGAUUCUAGUGACUUAGAUUGACUUGAAAAUGUGUGAGAUUCGCCUUGAUAUACCUGGAGACUUUCCCUGCUCCAGAAUAAGUACGGAUUCACAAUAGAU